AUGCAACGUGCUAAAAUCAACCGGCACAAUAAUCUGACUCCAGAGAAGAUCAUAGUUCCCAACGACAGAUUCAAUCACGUGCAUCUGGACAUCGUCAUCAUGCCGUUUCAUCAAGACUUUUGGUACUGUCUCACCAUGAUAGACAGAUUCACCCGUUGGCCCGAAGCUAUUCCUCUCACAAACAUCACUGCCGAGACGGUGGCCAACGCUUUUUGGUCACAAUGGGUUGCGCGUUUUGGAACACCUAAAACCAUAACGACCGAUCAAGGCACUCAGUUUGAGUCUGCGCUCUUCAAGGAACUGGCUCAACUUAUGGGAAGUGAACACAUCCAUACGACUGCGUAUCAACUACAGUCAAACGGCAUGGUCGAAAGAUGGCACAGGUCUUUUAAGGCUGCGAUGAUGUGUACGUCGGUACGCUUGCCAAACGAAUUCUUCGAAGACAUAGAUGCAAGCCCAGAUCCUGCUACUUUUAUUAGUAGUUUUCGCGAACAGAUGCGAAAAAUACGUCCAACUCCAGCUGCACACUAUAGCAACCAAAAAAUGUUUCGUCUUAAAGGAAUAGACAAAUGCUCGCACGUAUUCAUUCGCACCGAUGCCGUCAAACAGCCUUUAGAGCCACCAUACACUGGCCCAUUUGAAGUUGUACAUCGCAAUAAUGACCGAAUCUUUACGUUAAAUGUCAACGGAAAAGAAGUAGCAGUGUCUGUGGACAGAAUAAAACCCGCUUUCAUUCUUAGAAGCGAUGCUCAACUGAACUUCCAACCUAAAAAGCUAUGGAAAACCACGGACCUACGAGAGGCGAAGAGUCCAAUUCAUAACAUCGUGACGUCGUCACUAGGGAGGGAGUUCUGUGGCGGUCUAGGUUAA